AAACAAUCAGCGACCAGCUUGUUAGCGUGGGACUUCUGCAAUUUCAACUUAUUGGUUUGUACUUUGUUUGUUUUAUUUCUUUUUGUGUUUUCAGAGAUAUGUCUCGUGUUAACAGGUGCCUCGUCGACGGCUGUUCAUCCACAUCGGAGACAGCAAACCUGUGCCGGUGGUCUCGCAGCGUAGAUCUAGAACGAGUAUGGAUAGACCUCCUAAAGUCUCACAGCUCAAGAUUAGCAUCGUCGCUUACGCACCGGAACUGCAUUCAAAGGAAUGCCUAUGUUUGCAAACUUCACUUUGAGGAUAAAUUUAUCAAAGAUGAUAAAAGAGUGCCUUUCUCAUGGCCUACAUUAUUCUCAGAAGUGGAAAUAGCAUGUCGAAAACCCACUUGUCCUGUAACUGUCUCUGUUCGGACAGUGGGAGAUCAUACUUAUGCUGUACUACUGCAGAUAAAUGCAGAGUUGGUGACCCGGAAAAGAAAAAGGACAUCAGAACACAGACCACAUACACAAUAUUCAACAUAUUGACUGACAAAAAUAAAAGUGAUGUUACUUAGUUUAACAUGCUCGAUGGCUUAACACGACAAUGUGAUAUGAUAAUGUGAUUUCUUGGUGUUUUCAAGGAUUUAGUGACAUUUGAUCUAUGUACUUUUCCGCAUUUAAUAUGUAAUAAUUUUGUUGGUGUAUCGAAUUUCGCAUAAACGAUUUUUAUAAUUACUACUGUGAGUUCGAUAGCUUAAAAAAACUGAUCGUCAUGUUUACUUCACUACAAAUCUUUUGAUAUAUAAUUAUAUAUUUUCUUGUUGUUUCUAAUGUUGGGAGAAGCGAAGAGAACGAUAAAUCUGAAAAAGACGCCACUAGAAUUUAAGUUGUAAAUUAAAGUAAAAAUUAAUUAGACUUUGUGUUUAGUCGGUAGAUGUAUUACUAUAAACGAAUGAUGUU